AUGGAAAGGUAUAAGAUUCUUGAAGAGCUUGGAGAUGGUACUUGUGGUAGUGUAUAUAAAGCAGUAAAUUUGGAAACAUAUGAAGUUGUUGCUGUGAAGAAGAUGAAGAGAAAGUUUUAUUAUUGGGAAGAGUGUAUGAAUCUGCGAGAAGUAAAGGCUCUUCGUAAGCUGAAUCAUCCGCAGAUUAUAAAGCUGAAGGAGGUUGUGAGGGAAAACAACGAGCUGUUUUUCAUCUUCGAGUGUAUGGACCACAACCUGUACCAAUUAAUGAAAGAAAAGGAAGGAAGUUUCUCUGAGGGAGAAAUAAGAACGUUUAUGUCUCAGAUGCUGCUAGGACUCGCACACAUGCAUAAAAAUGGUUAUUUCCAUCGAGACCUGAAACCAGAGAAUCUGCUGGUGACCAACAAUAUCCUGAAAAUUGCUGACUUUGGGCUGGCUAGAGAAGUUGCAUCUAUGCCUCCUUACACCGAAUAUGUGUCCACACGUUGGUAUCGAGCCCCAGAAGUUUUGUUACAGUCUUCAACAUACACUCCUGCAGUUGAUAUGUGGGCAGUGGGGGCAAUAUUAGCUGAGCUUUUCGCUUUAUCUCCAUUAUUCCCUGGUGAAAGUGAGAUAGAUCAGUUAUACAAGAUCUGCUGUGUUCUUGGCAAGCCGGACUGGACUACGUUCCCUGAAGCAAAAAGCGUAUCUCGAAUCAUGAGUAUCAGUCACACUGAGUUUCCGCAGACACGGAUUGCUGAUCUACUCCACAAUGCUUCUCCUGAAGCUGUUGAUUUGAUCACUCGACUUUGCUCAUGGGAUCCAUUAAAACGACCAACUGCUGAUCAGGCACUAAAUCAUCCGUUUUUCACUAUGGCUACACAGGUUUCAUAUCCUCUCCAUGACCUUGAGCUGAGGCUUAAUACCAUGGCUGCCAUGCCUAAUCUUGAGCUAAAUCUCUGGGACUUCAACACAGAACCGGAUGAAUGUUUUCUUGGCUUGACACUCGCUGUAAAGCCAAGUGCUCCUAACCUUGAAAUGGUCCGCAAUGUAUCUCAAGACAUGAGUGAGAAUUUUCUCUUUUGCCCCGGUGUUAAUAACGAUCGGGAACCUUCAGUGUUCUGGUCUCUGCUCUCUCCUGAUCAAAACGGCCUCCACGCGCCGGUUGAAUCAUCUCCAUUAUCUCUGUCCUUCAGUCCAAUGCAGCAACAUCAUGCAGCAGUAGGACCUUCACAGUCGACCGGAUUCUCCAUGGCAUCAUCAAUGCAACCGAAUAUUAUGGACCGACCGUGGAUGGCCGUGUCUGCGCCAUUUCAACAAACUCAUUACCUCUGA